UAGCGGUCGUGCUGCGGAAGUGUUUGAAAGUGCCAUUGCGCGAGACUAGCGCGAGCUGAUAAAUAGGCCUCCACACGCGGCAUGUGAUGGAGUGGCAGCCGGAUGAACAAGGCCUCCAGCAGGUCCUGCAGCUCCUCAGAGACUCUCAGUCUCCAAACACAGCCACGCAGAGAGCUGUGCAACAGAAACUGGAGCAGCUGAACCAGUUUCCUGAUUUUAACAACUAUCUCAUCUUCGUCCUGACGAGGCUGAAAACUGAAGAUGAGCCCACACGAUCUCUCAGUGGUUUGAUAUUGAAGAACAAUGUGAAGGUUCAUUAUCAGAACUUCCCUCCAGCAGUUGCACACUUCAUCAAGCAGGAGUGUCUGAACAACAUCGGGGACCCUUCGCCUCUCAUCCGCGCCACUAUCGGAAUCCUCAUCACAACAAUUUCCACCAAAGGGGAGCUGCAGACAUGGCCAGAGUUACUGCCUCAGCUGUGCAACAUGCUCGACUCGGAGGACUACAACAUCUGCGAGGGCUCAUUUGGAGCUCUUCAGAAGAUCUGCGAGGACUCUUCUGAGCUGCUGGACAGUGAUGCUCUGAACCGACCCCUGAACAUCAUGAUCCCCAAAUUUCUGCAGUUCUUCAAACACUGCAGCCCCAAGAUCCGGUCUCAUGCUGUUGCUUGUGUAAACCAGUUCAUCAUUAGUAGAGCACAAGCCCUCAUGGACAACAUUGACACUUUUAUUGAGAGUCUGUUUGCGCUGUCAUCAGAUGAGGAUUCGGAGGUGCGGAAGAACGUGUGCCGGGCUCUGGUCAUGCUGCUGGAAGUGCGAGUAGACCGACUUCUCCCUCACAUGCGCAGCAUCGUCGAGUACAUGCUUCAGCGCACACAGGACCCAGAUGAAAACGUGUCUCUGGAGGCCUGUGAGUUCUGGCUUACACUAGCUGAACAGCCCAUCUGCAAAGACGUCCUGUCUGGACACCUUGCACAACUGGUUCCUGUUCUGGUCAACGGGAUGAAGUACUCUGAGAUUGACAUCAUUUUGCUAAAGGGUGAUGUGGAGGAAGAUGAGGCCGUGCCUGACAAUGAGCAGGACAUAAAGCCACGCUUUCACAAGUCUCGUACGGUCACUCUUCGGCACGAGGGUGAUGAGGGGGAGGAAGGAGAGGACAGUGAAGAUGACGACGAUGAUGAUGAUGACAGUCUGUCCGACUGGAAUCUACGGAAGUGUUCAGCAGCUGCUCUUGAUGUCUUGGCCAACGUGUUUCGGGAUGAGCUGCUUCCUCACCUGCUUCCAGUGCUGAAGGAACUGCUGUUCCACCCUGACUGGGUGGUGAAAGAGUCUGGCAUCCUGGUGCUGGGAGCCAUUGCUGAAGGCUGUAUGCAGGAUAUGGUUCCAUACCUGCCGGAGCUAAUUCCUCACCUGGUCCAGUCUCUCUGUGAUAAGAAGGCACUUGUGCGCUCCAUCGCCUGCUGGACUCUGAGCCGCUAUGCACACUGGGUGGUCAGUCAGCCGGCAGACUCCUACCUCAAGCCCCUCAUGACUGAGCUGCUCAAACGCAUCCUCGACAGCAACAAGAAGGUUCAAGAGGCUGCCUGCAGUGCAUUUGCGACUCUAGAAGAAGAGGCCUGUACUGAGCUGGUUCCAUACCUGAGCUACAUUCUGGACACACUGGUGUUUGCGUUCAGCAAGUAUCAGCACAAGAACCUGCUGAUCUUAUAUGAUGCUAUCGGCACCCUCGCAGACUCUGUCGGACACCAUCUGAACCAGCCAGAAUAUAUCCAAAAGCUCAUGCCACCUCUCAUUCAGAAAUGGAAUGAGCUGAAAGAUGAAGACAAGGAUCUGUUCCCCUUGUUGGAGUGUCUGUCUUCAGUGGCUACAGCUCUGCAGAGUGGCUUUCUGCCCUACUGUGAACCGGUUUAUCAGCGCUGUGUCACUCUGGUCCAGAAGAACCUUGCUCAAGCCAUGAUGUAUAACCAGCAGCCAGAGCAGUAUGAGGCGCCUGAUAAAGACUUCAUGAUUGUGGCUCUGGAUCUGCUCAGCGGUUUGGCUGAAGGACUCGGAGCAAAUGUGGAGCAGCUGGUCACUCGCAGUAACAUCAUGACCCUGCUCUUCCAGUGCAUGCAGGACACGAUGCCGGAGGUGCGUCAGAGUUCAUUUGCUCUGCUGGGAGACCUGACUAAAGCCUGUUUUCUUCAUGUCAAACCCUGCGUCGCUGAGUUCAUGCCUGUGCUGGGCCUCAAUCUCAACCCCGAGUUCAUUUCUGUGUGCAACAACGCCACAUGGGCCAUCGGGGAAAUCACCAUGCAGAUGGGUACGGAGAUGCAGCCAUUUGUGGCCCUGGUUCUCAAUAACCUUGUGGAGAUCAUCAACAGACCCAACACACCCAAAACUCUGCUGGAGAACACCGCCAUUACGAUUGGUCGACUGGGAUACGUGUGUCCACAGGAAGUUGCCCCCAUGUUGCCACAGUUCAUUCGCCCUUGGUGCACAUCGCUCAGAAACAUUCGGGACAAUGAGGAGAAAGACUCCGCCUUCAGGGGCAUUUGUGUGAUGAUUGGAGUUAAUCCUGGUGGAGUCGUACAGGACUUCAUCUUCUUUUGUGAUGCUGUGGCCUCCUGGGUAACUCCGAAAGACGAUUUGAGGGACAUGUUUUACAAGAUUCUGCAUGGCUUUAAGGAUCAGGUCGGGGAGGAAAACUGGCAGCAGUUCUCAGAACAGUUUCCACCACAGCUGAAGGAGAGACUUUCAGCCUGCUAUGGCGUGUAGAUUCACUCCUGCGACAUGGAAAACCAACUAUUAAGGUCAAAUCUACGGGAGGGUUACCGGGGAACUCAUCCAUGUCUGUUUGUGGGAACUGCCUGCUGUUAGUGCCGGAGUCGAGUGACGGUUCGUGAUCUGGAGACUCCUACUUCCUUCUAUGCGAAAGAGGAUUUGAGAGAGUUAAUGCGAAAUCAGCCUUUUUAUUGUCACAGUUUGGCUUCCGACUCGCUCAGAACAGGAAUGAAACAUGAAGCUCAGGGAUCUGGAUUGGGAGGGGGAGGGUUCAUUCAGGCAACAUUCACCAGCUGCUUAUUGGACAAAACAACGCCAUUUUUAAUAGUCCAGCCUUAGCAAAAAGCCUGGCUUCUCGGCUCCAUGCCAAAAGCGCACACUUGCAAAACACAAGCUGCAAACGUGCUCAUGGCAGACCAUAACUGAACAAAGUUGUUUUCUAGAAGAGAUGGAUCACCCAAAAAUUACAAAUUUCUCUCUUGUCUCAUUUGAAAUGUGCACAAUUUCUAUUCUGCAUAAAACAAGUGGAUUAAAUGUCAUAAUAAGACAGGUUUGUAGUAGUUGUGCAUCAUAUUUCAAGUAAUCAGGCCUUGCAAUGGUUUGAGAAAGUGGCUGCAGUUGAAGUAGUUCACUGAGAGUGUUGCUCAGUUAUAUUUUUAUGACACAAUACAAGAUGAAUCUUUUUUAAAAUGGUAGUUGCAGUCCACUUUUACGAUUUUUGUAGAAAUUUGAGUUUUUGGGUGCACUUUCACUUUAAAAGUUAUUAGUUUAAAAGGUAAUUACAUUUUUAUGACCUUUAGGGUUGACUAAUGACAAAAGCAUGCAAUCAUUAUGAUCUAAUAAUUACAUUUCUUUCUCUAUUUUCUGCUUGCUUGAUUUUCCUCCGUGGCUAUGUGUUACCUUGAGCUAUAUUUCAUUCCAUAAAGAGAUUGCUUAUUUCAUUUUAGUCAAAUAAUUCUGCUGUAAGCUGUAAAAGGAACCUUAAUGGAAUUGUUGAUUUCUAUGGUGGUCAUAGCAAAGUAAUUUUCAGAUUUAGUUGCUGCGAAGAUGUAUUUAAGCAUUAUUAUUAUUCAUUUUGUGUCGCAAAUGCUGCGUAAGAAUAUCGAUCUAAGAAACCCUGCACCAAAAAUUCACUGUAGAGAUUAAUUUGCCUUUUGCUGCUUUUAAAAGAGCUUGAAUAACUCUAGUUAAAUAUCUAUAAUUAUCAAAAGGAUAGUUCAAGUGAAAAUGAUUAUUUAUAAAAUGCUGUUCAUUUACUCACUCUCAGGCCUUUCAAGAUGUGCACUGUAGUAAAAUUAAACAAAAAAAAACUUUUGUAACCUGUUUUCUCCGUUUUUAAUGAUUUUGAAUUUAUUCCACUGACAAUUACAUUUGCUGUUUGUUCAAGCUACUUAUUUAAAAAAAAGAUGAAAAAAUUCUAGAGUUGUUUUGGGACAACUUAAUUGUUUUUUUUAUUCCACUUACAUUUGUAAACUAAUAUGCCAACUUAAUUCUUUCAUGUUGUCCUGACACAAAUUGUUUGUGGAACCCAACAAUAUUACAAUCUAUGGGAUCUUUAGCUCUGUCGGCUGUUGAUGUUGAUAUAUCAACUCUGCUUUUAAUUUAAUAUGAUUUUAAUUUAAAUUAGAUUAUUAUUGACAUCUUAUAUAAUAAUGUACAGGAAAAUCAGUCCGUUACAUAACAUAAAUAAUACUACACAGUUACCAGCAUGUUUUUUAAAUCAUAAUGUACAACACUAGCCCAGACAAUGCAUCACUUAUUAAAAUUUUCAAGAUCUUUUCAUUUUUUUCAAUUUUUUCUCCCUCAAAAGUUGUUGAAGUAAAGAUAAUCAAGGUCUUAUAAUGCAAAUUCGUAACUGAAUUACGGGGAAGCAGGAGUUACAAAAUAAGCAAAGCUUAAAAGAAUAACAUUUUAAUUUUUUACAGAGAUAGCUGUGGUCUGUUUCUUAAAAUGCUAACAGGCUUAUUGAGAGUCCAAAAAUAAGGUAAAAAUAAUACAGAAGCUGUGCCUCUAGUCAUUACAUCUUAGGUCUUAUGAAGCAGAAUAUUUGUAUGCCUAAGCUGUGGAUUGAUUUAUUUUAAAAGAAUAUAUAUAUAUCUCUCUCAGUGUGAUGGUUCAAUGAUAUUGGAUGUAGAAUGUAAUUUUGCCUGUGUAUUUCUAAGUCUUAACGGGCUGGAAGCCACUGACUUGCAUUUUAUAAAUCACAGUUUCAGCUAAAAAUCCUUUGUUUUGAUUAAGAACACAGUCACCUACAUUUGGAUGGUCUGAGGGGACAUAAAUAGAAUACAUGUUUUCAUUUUAGCUUGAACUGUCUAUUUAAGGAACUCUAGUUGCUGGUGUUAUCGAUGUGCACUUUCUCUAAUAAGAACUGUCAGAAUCCCGCUCAGUGGGACUCUUAAAGAUAUGAAGGCUGUUUUAAAGAGUAAGAAUGCUUGGCUUGUGUAAGGACAAUCUAAUUGCCACAAGAUUAUAAAAGCUAUUUCUUUAAUUAGCUUAGGUUUAACACUGAAUACACAUUUAGUAAGGAAAUUUAGACUGAUAGCACGUAAUGUGGUUCCUCUGCAAAAUAUACAGACUGAUGAAUUCUGGGAAAUACAAACAGUAUAGGUAAAGUUCUGCUUAAAUUAAAAUAGUCCAAUAUCUUUGUUGUUUUUUUUUUUUUUUUUUAUAUAUAAAUAUGAUGUUGUUCUGUCGAAGAGAUUUAGGAGAGGGUUUCCAAGUCUUCCCCCCCCCCCUUUAUUUUUAUUUGCUUUGAUCAUGCUUACGCUUUUUUAAAUGCCUGUUAAAGCAAUAUGCAUGUCCGUUUCUAUGAAAAGACAGUUGCAUCUUAAGGUUUCUUCCCUCAUCAUUAAACACUAGCUCUGACAAUCUCAUUUUUUAAAUGUAAACAUUUUUGUAAGCUGCUUCACCCUUUAGGGUAUUUUAUUUUUUUCCCUCCCUGUUAAUUUUUUUUUGUAAGGGCCUGUAUUUCAAUAUUUAGCCAAUAUAUUGCAAAGAUUUGGAGAACAACUGUUUAGACAAGACCUACCUUUUUAAUUCAAAUGAACUCUGGUUUAAACUUAGUCGAGAAAAAUGUAAAUGCGAAGUAGAUAUUAAAACAAUUUGUGGUAAUUUCAACAUCAUACUGUUAAGUGUUUAGAAUUGGUUAACCGAAACUAACAUAAUGGAGAAGCCUUGAUUCUAAGUGAUUUGUGCACUGCAUUUGCUCCUGUUACUGUAAUAAUAAUAUGCUGCCAAGCAGACCUGUGUUCCUCCAAGAACUUAGUAUUUUUUAACGUUUUUAUUUACAUUAAUUUUUUUAACUUUUAUUUAAAGUUAUUUUAAGUUAAAUGUUUUUAAGUGUUUAAUAUACUUUUGUUUUAAUAUUUUGUUUUGUGCAUAUGCACAAAGAUUUUGUUAGACUUUAAAAGUUUUUCUUUUGGUUUUCUUUUUGUUUAAAGAAUUUUUAUUUGGUUUUCAGACAGUUGGAGAAAUGCAUUUAGCUUAUGAUUUUCAGAAAGUCUGCUGAAGCAUUAAGAUGUCUUUUCCCUCCUCCCCCUUUCUCAUUUUGGACGUUGACCUGUUUUUCAGUAAUCACCUUUCUUUAAAUACUUUGAUUGGGGAAAUAAACUAUUUCUGUCAAAUUAAAA